AUGGAAGAGCCAUUUCUUACGAGAGACGAGCAGUUAGCCCCCGGUAAAGCUACAUGGCAAAGAGGCCAGCUCACCCACGAGCUGAAGAAAUUGAGCCUCUUAGCCGCUCCUAUGGCCACCGUGACCAUUGCUCAGUUCCUAUUGUCUGUCAUCUCAGUUAUGAUCGCUGGCCACGUAAGCGAGCUCCAGCUGUCAGGCGUCGCUCUUGCCAACUCCUUGACAAGCGUCACUGGUUUCAGCAUUAUGUCUGGGUUAGCUGGUGCACUAGAAACUCUAUGUGGCCAAGCUAAUGGAGCCAAACAAUACGAAAAAAUCGGAACCUACACAUACUCUGCAAUCGCCUCCAACAUCCCAAUUUGUUUCCUCAUAUCAAUUCUUUGGAUUUACAUCGAGAACCUCUUGAUAUCUCUCGGACAAGACCCUGACAUCUCCAGAGUCGCAGGCUCCUACGCCUUUUGGCUCAUACCGGCUUUGUUUGGCCAAGCGGCUGUCAUACCAUUGACUCGGUUUCUGCUAGCACAGGGGUUGGUUCUUCCUUUGCUCUACACUGCUGUGACCAUCCUUUCGUUCCACAUUCCGGUUUGUUGGACUUUGGUUUAUUUGUUUGGUCUUGGAAGCAAUGGAGCUGCUUUGGCUAUUAGUAUGUCUUUCUGUCUUUACGCUGUGAUACUCUCAUGCUAUGUGAGAUUCUCCAGCUCUUGCGAGAAGACUCGAGGCUUUGUAUCCGAUGAUUUUUGGUCCAGUGUCAAACAAAUCUUCCGUUAUGGAAUCCCAUCAGCAGCAAUGACAUGCCUAGAAUGGUGGCUAUAUGAGUUAGUCAUACUCACCUCGGGACUUCUCCCGAACCCGAAACUCGAGACCUCUGUUCUUUCAGUUAUUUUUACAAUAGUAAAUUUUCACUACGUGAUUCCAGCUGGAGUCGGGGCGGCUGUGAGCACACGUGUGUCAAACAAUUUGGGAGCUGGGAAUCCACAAGUUGCUAGGGUAUCAGUAUUUUCAGGGCUUUUUCUCUGGUUUUUAGAGUCAGCUUUCUUUAGCAUACUUCUCUUCACCACCAGGCACAUUAUAGGCUACGCAUUCAGCAACAGCAAAGAAGUUGUUGACUAUGUCGCCGACUUAUAUCCUUUGCUCUGUCUCUCUUUCAUCCUCGACGGGUUUAAUGUAGUUCUUAACGGUGUCGCUAGGGGAAGUGGGUUGCAACGUAUUGGAGCUUGGAACAACAUGGUGUCUUAUUAUCUAGUAGGAGCUCCGGUUGGAGUUUACUUAGCUUUCAGUCGUGGGUUUAACGGAAAAGGACUUUGGUGUGGUGUUGUGGUUGGAUCCACAGUGCAAGCCACUGUACUUGCUAUCGUCACAGCAUCCAUUAAUUGGAAGGAACAGGCUGACAAGGCAAGGAAGAGAAUAGUCUCAACUGAAAAUGGAUUGGCAUAA